AUGAGGGGGGGGAGGAAACACUUCUUUCAUGUUGCGAGCAUGGAAGGUAGCACCUUUCUCUCAACUCGUCAUGUGUUUGACUCUACUCUAUUUGAAUCGGAUGGAACGCACCAGCUUGUACACACAUGCGUGGAGGUUCUUGGUUUGUUUUGGUUGACGUCAGCAUGAGGUCGAGAUUGUUUUGUUGGGGUGGUUCAACCUGCUGGAAAACACCAUGAACACGCUGGUUGUGGUUGCUGCGUGACUGUUGUGUCGGACUGACUGGCCUUCAGAUCAACAUUCGAUGGCCGAUAAAGACCGACGUCUACAAGCACCCACGGCUGACAACGAUGGAGUUGGAGCACCUGCACGCCGUCGACAAAGAGGCUGCGGAUGUUCAACAAGCACAGAAGGGGCCAUUGACGACCCCAAUGAAGGCCACCGCAGCGAAGCUCACUGGUUGACCUUGUGUGUUGAUUGUGGAUGUGAUCCAAACGCCCUCCGAAGUCGAGCGAUGGGUACUCUCUGUUGGUCUGGGAUGCCUUUCCCACGAGACACAACGUGUCCUCCCACUCCCCAACCCAACCGGGGCACAGGAUAAAAUAGGGUAGUCGGAAGCUUGGUGUUUGGCCCAACGAGUGUGUUGCCCGUGUGUGCAAUAUUGGAUUUUAUUUGGUGCCAACACCGCACCAGCACGUACGAUUGAAAUAGAGAACAAACCCUGACACCCCUUUGUCCCGAAACGAUGGGUGGCGUUUCCUGUGGGCACGUCCGCACGCGGGGUCUAUGAAGGCGGAGAGGCCCCCUUAUUCCCCUGACGUACAUGACGCGUAGUUGUUUUGCUUUCCAAUCUACGUUUGGUACCCGGGUCCAUCCGGAGAAGUCGCCCACCCACCGCAUGUUCGUUCGUCUACAUCUCGCCAUCACCAUUGCCACGGUGUCAUUUUGCCGUAUGGCAUCGGCCAUGUCUUGUUGCUUUGUACUUCAGUAUACCCUCACUGGCCACCUCCCGAAUUCCCCUAUGCCACGUUUUUGUACUGUACAUGUUCUUUAGGAUGUCGCACCCAAGAUGCAGUCAUGGCGAUGCCCCUGUUUUUUCGUCGCAUCGUGGACCUAACGCU